AGUAGUCUGAAAGUGUCCGAGAAGCCGAGCAACAUGCAUCACACGGCGAUCUUGCCCCUAUUGUCACCCCUCAUGCUCCUCGGAGGGCUAGUUACCGCCGUGCCCGUUGCAGAGCCGUGCCAGUCACGGAUCGUCUGCAUAGAUGCCGUCAACCAGUGCGGGAUGAAAUAUGGCGGAUGCUACGAUAUCUGCGAUGUUUCCGCCAAACCCGUGCCCCCAGCGUGUCCCAGCACGAAGACAACAGCAACAACAAAGAGGAUCCCCACGCCAACCAGCACGACGAAGAAAGUGACCACGAAGAAGCCGCAUCCCACGCCCACCAGGAAGAGCACUACCACAAAGCCGCCCAAAUCAACCGUGACCUCGACCAAGAAGAUCACCACUUCCAUCACCAAGCUCACCAGGACCUCGUCCAGCAGCUGCUCCGCCACCGUCUCGGUCUGCUGGGACGGCAUCAACGAAUGCGGGAUGUGGUAUGGGGGUUGCUUCCCGGACUGCAAGCCCUGGCCUACCUUUACGCCGCCACCUUGUCCCACGACGGCGAAGCCGCCUGCCCUUACGCCGCCUGCUCUUUUGGCAUGAACAUAUCUCUGAUUGAGCCUUGGGUACUGUAGGUAGGCUCCAAAAAGCCAAGUGGGCUCGUUCAUAAACGCACUUUCAGGGGGUUCUGGCUCGAUUGCUACCCAUCUACCAAGGCUACGGCCAUGGAAUGUUGCGCGCCAAUGGCCGAUUUUAUGUCGAGAGAAACCCGACUCCCAAAACCAACGGCAAAACGUAUUGAUAUCUCCUUGCAAAUAGCCGCCACACAGCCUUCCUUUCUUAUGACCUGAACCCCUUUUGCCACUCCCCCCAUUUCCGCGGUUCAUUUCCCCUUGGCAGCAAGGUACUCAAUGUCUCCAACCUCGCGCAGCUUACCUCCCUUGACAAUGACCUGCUCCUCCAUGUCGAGUUGAUACCGCCUCAUCUUCUCCUGGUACUUG